GUCUUAUUCUUCUUAUUCUUGUGUGAUCAUCUUGUCAAUCUUGUCUUUGUUCUUGUGUGAUCGUCGCUGCAUUUCUUCAACUUCAUCCUCUCAUUCUUCUGCGCCUUUUCCGCCCCCUGUGUGUGUGGAGUCUCGACUGUUCUACGCUUCGUCCUCCCUUCAUUUCUUCGUUCCAUCGCCUUCGUCGUCCGGUCCUGCGUCGUGUGGCGUGUGGUCAACGAGGCAGCUCGGACUGUGGACCAGUCGAGGGUCGGACUGAAGUGAAGGGGUGGUCAGCGCGAGAGGUCGCGCAAGGCCACAGAAACUGAAGGAGACAGUGUCAACAGAGUUCACCGUGCUUUACAUGUAACGUUAGGGCAAGAACUCUAACAGUUACUGUGCCUCAGUGUGUGCAAGUGUUUGGUUUUUUUUUAUAUUAAUAUCAGCAUUACUAACCUUUCUCAUUAUCUCUUACUUGGGCGUGGGAUAGACUUCUGUUUCCUUGCACGUGUAUGUACACGUAUGUGUAUUUUCCCUUUUUUUUUUCAUCCUUUUUAUCUCCAUGUGAUAUAACUUCUGAUUUGUACCAUUCAUUUCGUCUUUGUUGUGGUCUAAGCUCAUCAAAGGUCAUCAAAGGUUCGAUAGGUAAGUCGUGUCCCACCUGUGGCUGAGCGAGUGGGUGGGUGGUCGUGCCGGGUGUGUGAGCAGUUGCGAGCGUGCAUCUGGCGACGCUGGGGGCGAUCGGUGACAUCAACAGGACAACAUGCAGAAGGAGAAGCAAGUACCGACAGAUGUCGCCUACUGGCAUGAUAUCUAUCGUGUAACGGAUGACCUUUUGCGACCCGGAAUCAGCGUGGACGAGUCUCAGAGAAUGUACGACCAGUGGGCCAAGAUGGGCACCUAUGACGCUUUGGCUGUUGAGUCCAAUUACCUCAUGGCCCACGACCAGAUCAUCCUCGGCAUUCUCAGCAUGUAUCCUGUUCGGCGCGAUAUCCGCAUACUGGAUGUCGGAGCGGGUACAGGCCUCGUUGGAGAACGGCUGCGAAACCUGGGCUUUGAGCGAGUGGAUUCCUUGGAUCCGUCGGCAGAAAUGCUGAGGUCAGCUGCCAAAAAGGGUGUCUAUGAAAGACUCAUCCAUAGCUUCUUCACCAACAACCCAUCAAAGAUUUUGAUGAAGACACAUACGAUGCCAUUGUCAUGUGUGGAGUGUUUGGACCGGGAGCUGUGCCUGUGGAAGCGUUUGAAGAAGCUGUACGAAUCGUCAAACCUGGUAAGUUAUUGGUGACUCGCUUGAAUGGUUCUCCCGUUAAGCUCAUUAUAUAUUUUGAAAUGGAGAAAGAGUGUCUACCAGAAUCCACU